GACACCUUCUGGCCCUCAGGACAGCCAUAGAAUGCAAUACAAUACUUUAUUACUGGUAACAGCCUUCACAUCAGGUAUCAGCUUCCUCCUAGUGUACAGAGUAGCUGUUUUAGAUGAGAAUUUCAAGAGGCUGAAAAGAGACCUCGACUUAGUGUCACUUUCAGGGAAGCCAAAACCAGCCUUCUCAAAACCGGAGGAACUGAAUAAUGGAAUAUUAGCUGGGAUAGUCGCUCGAGGGCAGGGAAUAUAACUGUAAUUCCGUGGACUGUUGCUGUGCAGCAGGGGGCAGCCAUAUCUUCUGAGGGAAAUAAGAUCCUGAUCCAACAGAACGGCUUCUACAUGGUGUAUGGACAGGUUCUAUUCCUGAGCCCAGGAGCCAUUAUGGGUCACAUUGUACGUAGCAGCGGUUCACAGACCAGUCAGAAAUCGUUUGACCUGCUGCGCUGCCUCCAGGAGAUGCCCCAGACUAACUCUGCCAACACCUGCUACACUGCAGGUCUAGUGAAGUUGGACCAGAGAGAUGAGCUUGAACUGGUCAUCCCAGACCGACCCCAGGCCCAGGUCUCCAUGGACGCUGACUCCACCUUCUUUGGCAUCAUGCAGCUGACCUGAGCUCCACUGAAGAGCAGAAGAGAUUUGACCCAAGGUUUGUCACUGGCCAGUCAGGCCAUGACAGUUUUUGCAAGCCUGAUCUUAUCUCUAUUAUACUCACAGGAUAAUAUUCCCAAUUUUUACCCCACAAGCUAAAUACUUUUAUAAUAAUUAUACUCGCUCCUGGCUUGCCGGUCAUCUUUAUAUCCAUAUUUGAAGAGGAAGCUAUCUUAUUUAGUUAACUUUCAGUGAAAGUUCACUGAAGCCAGUGUUGCUUUUACAAGGGAGUCCUGACACUGUAGAGGGAUGCACAAAAACUGAUGCAAAAUGUUUAUAAACAAAACUAAAUGGAGCAGAGGAAAAGAACAAAAUGACAAAAAACUGGGGAAACAAUGAGGCUUGAUACAUUGUCAACACUGUCAGUGUUGGAGAGAAGAUUGAAAGUGUGGUUAUCAGCAGGAUAUAACAGCCUCCAAAAAGACCUGGAGGCAGCUGAUACGGACAUUCAAUGACAACAGGAAAAAUAUGGUCUUUGUAAAAGCCUUAAAGAUAAAUGUAAACUGGAUGAUGGACGUUUCAGAACCACUCAGGGAAUAUUUCCAAGCAGUUCCGUACAAAUUAUGCUUUCUGCAACUUUUUUCUUAUUUUAAAACCAUUUUCUUUUGUAUAUGGAGUAUUGUGGUAAAAAUAGCAACAUAGAAAUAAAUCUCUUGUCACUUCAGGUGCAGGUAGCCUUCAAGCCUGUAGGUAGUACUACUCUGGUCCUUGUCCAGUGACAGUCUUUGUUUGUGUGUUCUGCUGUGUUCUGUCAUCACAGUUUAUUUCAACCCUGUGUCUGUUUAUACCUUCGACAGGGCUUCCCCCCACCUCCUCACCGGAAGUUUGUUUGUUCUUCCUGGCUAUUUUAGCAAGGUUUCCGUUUAGGAAAGAGUUCCAAAUUUAACUAUAGCAGGAACAAACAAUGAUAAAUUUACCUGCCAUGGAAGAGGUGCUGUCCGGUUGGCUGAUAUAAUAUGCCUCACGUGAAGGUAACACAUAUUUGUACUGACAGUGCAUAUGAAAAAAAUGGGUGUCAUCAGACAUACCUGUCAUAGAAUAAAUAAAUGUGUCUUAAAAUUCUAAAUUAAACUCAUAAUAAAGGAUCCUUACUUGGAGAGAUUAAAGCAAGUUGAUACAGGGGUAAGUUAAAUAUAAGGUUUGCUUAAAAACAAUUGAGAAUUGUUUCCCUUUGUAAAUAGAGAAAGGUUGGUAACAACAGAACACGCCAAAUCAUUCUGAAACUGAAAACUUUAGUGUUUGUCAUACACAAAAGUCAAAUAUGGAUAUAUAUAUAUGUUUAUACAGAUAUGUAAAUAUGUUUGAGUUUUUCGAUUUUUUUCAACUACAUAAAACAAUUGAACAGUGUCACACAAUAAGGUGAGUGAGAGAUAACUAUGAUCUAAUGUUUCAUGCUUGGAUGGCUGUAUGAAGGUUUGUGCUCAGGGCAGGAGCAUUUGUCAUUCCUAAAAAAUUGAAUAGAUCUUAAAAUAAAUGUUCAUGUGGAGAAAUCUAGAAAAAACAUUUUUUUUUACAACUUGAUAGGGUUACUUUCUUCAAAUAUACUAAACUCGACAUGCUCUCUCCUCUCAGAGGGUGUUGUGACAAACGUGUUUAUUGGGUUAAUAAAAGUCAACAAGCAGCGUAUCUGGUGUCCACAUCCCUUCUUUCCUCUUACUUUUUUUUUUUUCAUGAUGAGCAGCUAUAUAUGGCUGUAGAGUCAUGCAGCGCUGCCCAGACAAGCAAAAUAAGCAGAAUGAUGAUGGGACACACUCUCAAUCUCUUUUACCUCUUUUGGUCACACUCUCUCCUUUACCCAGUCUUUGGAAGGCAAGAUCUGCACUACCAGAAGCCCUAAGUACUAUUGGUAGUGUUUGAAAGUGCAAGCCUUCUGCAGCACGAUUUCACUUACAACACCAGCAUAUGUGCACAUGUUUAAGCAUGUGAUACAUGUAUUACUUCAAAACCAGGAGCUGUCCCAGCAACACCAGAACCUGACUUCAAUUCCUGAUGGACUGGACCCAAGUCUUAGGGGACUGGACCUCUCCCACAACAUGAUCAGGCAGCUGGGCCUGCUGGCUCUACCAGACCUGAAAAGAUUGGACCUCAGCUAUAACCAUGUUGAGCUGAUGGAUGAUCUGGUUUUCCAGCAUGUUCCAGAACUGAUAGAACUGAACCUGGCCUGUAAUGAGCUGAACAACAACGUUGAGAUAAACAGCAAAACCCUACAGCGCCUCCAAACAUUGAGGAGGCUGGAUAUGUCUCUGAACAGCUUAGAUGGUGAUGCAGUAGGACUUUACAUUUCCAACAUGUCUUCUCUGGAACACCUAGAUCUCACAGGAAAUACUUUGAUGAAACUCAUGUCAAAAUCCUUUACAGGAGCCAAGAGCUUGAGAACGAUUUCCCUUGAAAAUAAUGUCAUAUCAGAUAUAGAGCCGGGGACAUUUAAAACUUUGAGAGAACUAGAAAGUUUGAACUUGGCCCGAAACAAUUUGGCCCACAUCUGUGACUUCAAACUCCAUCAGGUGAAAUUCUUAAACCUGAGCCGAAAUUCUAUUGCGUUCUUUGUAACACACGAGGAUGAGGAAUUGUACAAACUUGAAAUCUUGGAUCUGAGUCACAACAACCUCCUUUAUUUUCCAAUUGUCCCAAAGACCAGUCGUCUUAGACACCUUCACCUGCAACACAACAUGUUGGGGGCCAUGAGCACAGAGGUCCAGGUGCCAGAGUCCAACACUCUUUACAAAGAGAUCACAUGUGCGAAGAACAGUACUUUAGAGAACGAUAACAUAUAUUCCAACUGGAGGCACAUGCCAUUGGUUUAUGUAGACUUGAGUAACAAUCACUUCAGGUACUUUCCUCUACAAACCCUGAGGUAUCUGACAGCUUUGGAAACACUGAAUUUGAGUACAAACUGUCUUUCUGAUGUCAGCUAUGACUCUGCGCAGGAUGGUACUGUGGGAAACCUUGCCCAACCUCUCUUUCCCUCCUUGCGGUACUUUGACUUGCAAAACAAUGACAUCACACACUUCUCCCCCCUCUCUCUACAGUCCCUGCCCCGUAUAGAGACUCUGAACCUACAACAGAACACUGUGAAGCCAUGUGACCCAAGACCAAAACCAGACAACAUGACAAAACCAAGCCCACAACCUGAUUUGUCCUGCGUCAACUUCAGCCAAAUUAGGACUCUAAGACAUCUUAACUUGCAAGACAAUGGCAUAGAGGUUCUCCAUCCCAAAACUUUUGAUCAAACACCUCUCGUUUCUCUCAAAUUGGCAAGGAAUGAAGAUUUGAUGAUACACUUGGGUGCCUUGGAGGGUGUCCAGAGAAGUCUACAGUCACUUAGUAUCAGUGAAAUUAACAUGACAAACACUGACUGGUCUUUACCUUGUUUAACAGCACUGACUCAGCUUAACAUUUCCUACAACAACCUAGUUGCGAUCCCUGACAGUAUUGUAUGUUCUCCAAUAAGAGAGCUUGAUGUUAGAAAUAAUGCUUUUGUUUCAUUAGAUGAUUCUUUGGUUGCAAAUUUGUCUGUGCGUCUUCGAGUUCUAUAUAUUAGUGGAAACGCUUUAAACUGCUGUGAUACAAACUGGCUGAUAAUCUUGAGGAAAGCCAAGGUUAACAUUCCAGACCUUUAUAAAUCGGAAUGUAUCACAGCUUACAAUGGAAGCCUUAUACUGCUGACUGAGUUUUUACACAAUCCUUCCCUUUUUUGUUUGUAUGAGUCUGGGACACCAGAACUGAGUUUGGUACUUGUUAUAAUCUUCAUCUUAUUUGUGUCUACUGCGUUUACAACAUUGGUUGUGUGUAUACAAAAAGUGUGUUGCCAAAGAGGAUCUUUUAUUGUGUGACAUAACAGAUGUAUUUAUGUCAGAUUCAUUGUGUUUGCUAUUCCUCCACAGUCUCCCUCUUUGCUUACACCACAUCUACAUAAUUGUCAAAACAUACUAAAGAAUACUAAGAAGUUAAGCUAGUACAGAUGGAGAAUGGAUUCAUACAAUAACCUGAAGACGCCAGUAGAAAACUGCAUGCAUAUUAGUCUGCUACGGUAGGACCAAACUUUCACAAUGUCUGUGUUUGAUAGCACUUCGAGAAUUUGAGGAAACCCCAAAAUGAAUGUUCAUGAAAAAACUGUUUAGUUACUCUUUCAAAUUAUUUCGAAAAAUGUGUAGGCUACGGCUAUUAAUGCGACAUAAUUUUUAACAAUCUUAUUGAGAAUGUGCGUACUUUUGAGUUAUUGAUUACCUACUGCACUUCUACAGGCUACUUGCUUUGGAUAAAAGCUAAAUGCAUAAAGUUAAAUCAUAAAACAGUUCAAUAAAGGGUGUGUAAAUGUGCGUUAUACCCAUAGAUUUAUAUAUUAAUAGACACAGCUACUUCUGUCUUCCAAGAUGGCGUCCCCAUUCAUUUCUAUGAAAAGUGCUCAGUGCAAAACCGGACCGCUCCAUUUUUCCAUUACGGCUCUUCCGGUCUAGCGUAGAACAGUGGCGGAGUAGCAUAUACCUGCAGAGCCGGAGAGCUGCAGUUUCAGGACCGCAGUUUCAGGACCGCGGUUCUAGAACCCUCGUUUUAUCUGACAGCGACACCUAGCAAAUUGGAUAACCAUGGACCGGAACAAGAUCAUCAAUAUUUCCCUGCAGUGGUGAAUGUAGAUUACGGCUCGAAGAAGAAGUGAUGUAGCUUGUUUCAUAACAAGAUGGACAAAAAUCAAAGUGUAAGCAGAGAAUGUCUUAUAUGGGGAGAACUCACAGGAAACUUCCGGGUUCUGAACUGGGUGCAGUUCCACCCUAGUUCCAUAGGAGGACACUAACGAUCGAGUACAGAAUGAAUUGAGGUCUAUGGAGCUAU